CCCGGUGGGAAGAGAAACGACGAUCAGCCAAGAUGCCGCGGUGCUAUAUGGUAAAGAAGGCCUUGUGCAACAAGUACAUAACCAGCGUUGCCAGAGGAUUCGAGAGCUGGGGUCGCGGAAGGAGCACGCCAUCGCCAACCACCAUGCAGCUGCCGGUCUCACCCAUAGAGGGGUGCGUUGCACCCCCUGUUGCACAAGAAUGUCGCAACACACAAUCAAAAGACACAACGGCCGUCGCGGCUUCUACCGCGGCCGAUGUAGAUCCCUCGAAGGAGCAGCCGAGCGAUGCAGACGCGGCUGUCACGACAGCGAUGACAGCAUCGUCAUCCGUCGUCAGUGUCAUCACGAUGACACCCACGACCGACUACUCGAUGACGACACGAAUGGAGACGUCCGCGUGCACCACCAUGACGUCUUCGACGACUCCACCUCCGUCAGAAUCGAUCGUCUCUCCCGUCGGGGGUGCUACAACGACGACGGUGACGUCCUUACCUCCGUUAGGCGUGCAAACGACAAUCGAAAGACCCGAGGAGACCGCGACGGCGUCCAUCGCGACGCUACAUCGUCCGCCAUCCGGCAGAGAACCGUCUCCGCCGUCCAGCGCAUCGACGUCCUAUCAUUUGGAGGAUGCUCCGGAACACUCGAGAAGCGCCGAUUCUAGGAUACGAUUGGUCACUUCCUCCUGCGGCAUGUCCAUGCCCGGCCACGUGUCGUCCAUGUUCAAAGAUCGCUCCGCGGCGGAAACGGAGGCGGCGCACGAUCUUCUAGAGCUGUCUCGAUCGUUACCCCCCUUACCGCCGCCGAGCGUCGCGAUCGGUCCCCAAAGCGUAAUCGAGGCGCCGGCGAGUGACGUCCAGGAGAUGACGGUUUAUCAGCCAGCCGAACAACCGAUUUAUCAAGUGAACACGAUAGACCUGGCCGGUUCGACCAUCUACAACCAUCAUCAGCAACAGCAGCAGCAGCAGCAGCAGCAGCAGCAGCAACAAUCCGCGCCCGCUGGGAUCAUUACGAAUCCAGCGCGACCAUCGUGCCACCUCGGGCAGUGUUUCAUACCUCUGUCGCCGGUACAGGAAAUAUUGCUGACGUACAGCACGUCUACCAUACCGUGCACCUCCAUCGUCGCUCAACAGCCACAGCAUCAAUCACCACAGCAGCAGCAGCAGCAGCAGCAGCAGCAAUCAUCGCAUCAGCAACCGCUGUUGCAACAGCAGCAAAUAGAAACGACGCCACCGUUGACGCCGCCGACUUCCGAAUGCAGCAGUGACAUCGAGAACAGCAAUCCGAAUUCGCAGCCAACCCAGAGGGACAAGGAAGUGCAGACCAUCACGGAGCAGACGGAAGGAGUGAAACCGGCCAGUUACACGUACGAUACGUUGCUCGUCUCGGACGGCAGGUCAAAGAACAAGAAGACGCCCGCCGCGCAGAAAAACCAGGAAACCGAGCCGAUCGAGGCACCCGAAACUUCCAAAACCGGCCGUUACGUGUGCUGCGAAUGCGGUGAGUAG